CUUAGCUGCGCACCAAUGCCUCCCUCGUUUGCCGAGCCCUGUUCUGGCUCUUUUAAUCCCCGUUCGGCGUCCUAGCAACCCUACGUACGUACCUUAGAUACAUGCCCAGGCCGAACGGCACGGAGAGAUACACAUGCGACGUGUCCGACAGACCCCUCUUCAUGCCAGCGCGACACCGUCAUGGCCGGUUGACCUGAUGGGGCUUGCGCGGCGCCGUCCAUAAUGCCAACCCGGGGUCGUUCCCCGGCUCCCAGCCUUCCGCCUGUCAGCGACGAGGCUACCGUUCCUCUCUCUGAGCUUUUCAAAAGCGGUUUCGACCCGGCCAGUUUUGAUUCAACUCCUCAACUCGCCGAUGGAAGCAUCCUUGUGGCCCCAGACGGCACCCGCUACCGCAUCGAGAGGAUUUCAGACCCGGCCCCCGCCGGGAGUCGCGUGCCCUCCUCGACAUCCUCGACACCGGUUCCUCCUCCUCGUCCUCCUCCCGCUGCCGCCCAACCGGCCGGUUUCUACACGCUAAGUGUUACGGGCUCAGGUUCUCCAGCUUCUAUCCCGCCGCCGCAGUUCCACGUGCACGAUCCUCCCGAAACAGCCCCUAGCUGGGGAAGGUCUCCCUCCAAUGCCAGCUCGUACUCCCGCUCCUCCGGCGCAUACUCGACUCAAUCCGCAUAUGCCGGGACUGCGAUUUCCGGGUCCAGCCCAACGCAUGAAGUUGCGGGAAUGAUGGCGCAGCUCAGCAUUGACAACUACUUUAGCGCAGCGCCGCUCUACACAGAGUCCGAUGGCGGGGUCCAGGCAGCCGAAACUCUCACCGAUCCCGAUGUGGUUCGGAGGUUACCGACGAGCCCCGCGAGCCUGCGUAGUCUGUCAACCUCCCCAAGGAUGUCCGGUACCCGUCAUGAACAACCAUCGCCUCACGAGGAAUCGUCUUGGGUUGCGCACAACUACCCCAGCCCUGGUGCCGCCCCGCAAUACUGGACCAAGGUCAACUACGCGAGUUAUACGACACAGACGAAUGCCCAUCUUCAAUCCCAGAGACAGAGGGCAACGGCCACGACGGGUCUUCCGUCGUUAUUGGAUCACGCCACGCCCGUGACACCGCCACAGCAAGCUUCCGACCCAAUUUCCGCUCAUUCGACCCCUCUCCCGGCCUCGCCUGAUAAGGAAGUUCGGAAUGGUCAAGGAAUUUGGAAUGAGUCCUCCUGCCGCCCGCUCUACGUCCCCGUGUCGGCGUCGUCGCCGUCCUUCGUCCCGCCGCAAUUGACUUGCGUGAAUCCAUCCUCCGCCGAAUACGACACGGUGACCCCUGUGGUCGUGUAUCAUCAAGCCCACACAACGAUAAGCGACGGGGCAAGUACGGGACGAGAUAACGUUCUUCCAGGGGAGAUUUUACUGUUUGACGGCCCCGUGAAAAGCGCCCAGACCCUCACCUCGCCGGCCUUCCGGGACGGGGUUCUGAAGGUGUUUCGAAAUACACUCACCAACGAUCUCCGGUUCUACUGCAAGGUUGAUCGAGAGUCGGAGACCUACUGGAUGAAAGCGAACAAUGCGCAACUCGUCCCAGCCUACGCAUACGAUCAGCGACUACCCUACGUCGUCUACAUCCGCGAUAAGGAAAGCGACAAGGGCAGUGGGUACAUGCAGGCUUCACAGGGAAACUGCAGACCGAGCGGCAUCUAUCAGUUCUCGAGUUUGAAAGACCUGUUCGACUUCCAGGAGACGCUCACAGGCGAAAAGGUGGUGCUAGACAUUGGCAGUGUACGCAUGGUGACGCUCAGCAAAGCAAACAGCCGGUCGAGCACCCAAUACUCAAGUGCGCGGCUACAAAUUUGGCAUGAGGUAGAAGGACGGAGGACCGCCCAGUCCGAUGUGGCGUCGUUCGUCACAGCCGGCACGACGCUGUCGGGGCCGCUGCGGGAACGGCUCGUGGCGAGCUCUUCAAGGUUAAUGUUGUAUCUGGGACGUACGGGGGAAUACGUCACCUGUUUCAGUACGUUUCGGUUCACAGAACGGACCAUGAAUCAGCCACUAACGCGGAGAUAGUCACGGAUGACCUCGAGAUCAAAGUGGAGGGCCAAACCUCGGUCAAAUUGAAGCCCAGAAAAGGGCCAACGCCGUUUUCAAGGAAGGGAUCGCGGUGGCCAUCAGUCAAAGCUCACCUGGAACCGAAGCAAGGUCCCGAGUCAGCAGGGCUUGAUAUUCACGGCAGAGUCGUCGAGGUCGAUAUCGGGUCAGAGUAUGACUCGUAUAAGACGUUUGAAAUCGAGUUUGAGAACUCGCCGAGUCAGUA